AUUUAGCUGAAUUUACCAUAUUUGUGCUGGCAAUGCUGCCCAAAAAUGCCCGAUUUUUGCUAUUGUGAAUGUUAAUUGAUAGAAAGAAGAAGAAGAAAACGUCAACAAAUGAUAGAAAGGAAAGCGUUAGAGAAGAUGGCAGAAAUUAAGCAGCGAGUGGUUUGGACUAGCACUGAUGAAUGUGUGUUAAUUGACUUGUGGCGUGAGCGGGCCGAUGAUUUAAGACGUGCCAAGCGCAAUUUGCAUAUAUAUGCCGAUAUAUCUGUGCAAAUGGCACAUAAAUUUACUCCGAAGGAAGUCCAUAUUAAAAUUAGAAACUUAUCACAAAGAUACAGAGAAGAAAAGAAGAAAACUGGCCCAUCGGGGGGCAGCCCAUCGACGUGGAAAUAUUUUGAUGCGGUGCAUCAAAUCAUAGGGCUGACUGCAGCCAAUAAUGCAGAAAUUUAUGAAUCAUUAACUGUGGACAUAUCGUCAUCAACAUUGCUGCCGUUACCGCCAUCUGUACCUGCAGCAUCACCAGUAACAAUGUCCCCGGAGCCGUUGUCGCCAGUAAUACCAUCGACCAGCUCGCCAUUGUUGUCGCCACUGGAUACCUCGUCCACAUCCAUGAGCACUUCUAAAAAGAGAAAUUAUAUGGGUGAAUUGGUGAAAGUGGCAAAACAACAACAUGAAUUGCUUAAGGUAGUGGUGGAAGAUGGAAGAGAUUUAAAAGAAAGAAUCAUUAAUUGUAUUGAAGAACAAAAUAGUUCUACAAAAGAAUUUAUAAGUAUUUUUAAAAAUUUGUUGGAAAAAAUGUAAAUAUUAUAUUUAUUUUGUAUACUAUUAGUAGUUAUUUAUUUUUAUUAUUAUUAAUAUAAAUGUAACUGAAUUAAAUGUUAAUUUAAAAAGGAAAUAUUAAAUAUUUAAAAUAAAAUGAAAUGAAUUAAAAUGUAAUGUAAUAAAUUGAAUUUAUUAAUAAUAAAAAUAAAUUUAAAAAAAGGAAAUUUGAAAUGAAAAAUAAAAUAGCUACCGUGGUAUGUAACAUAAUUUGUACCGUUUUGAAAUCUCAUUGCUAUGGCAUUCCUAACCGCUGUCGCAGUUUGGUCAUUUUCUCCUAAUCUUGUUGUGUGAUUGGGUUGAUGUCUUCUUUCAUCUUCUGCUGCUUCUUGUAUCCAUGCGGGAAAAACUUCAUCGUUCUCAAUCUUUAGAAAAUUAUGCAAAAUGCAACAUGCUCUAAUUAUAAUAUUAACAUUUUUAGGAGCAACUUGCAAGCCUCUUCCAACUUUACGGAAGCGCGCUUUAAGUUGACCAAAGGCAUUUUCGAUCACUCGGCGACAUUUGGACAGUCGAUAAUUAAAGUGCUUUUCAACAGGCGAUUGAUUAACCCCAUAUGGAUAUGGUUUCAUCAUAUGAUGUGAUAAACGAAAAGCUGAGUCGCCAAUAAGAAGCACAGGUACAUUGAUGCCUUCAAUUAUUUCGCUAUUUUCCUUAAAAAUACGAGCGUGUUCAUGAAAUUUCUUAAGUGAACUCCUCUCAAAUAUGUACGAGUCAUUAUUUCUCCCAGUGGAUCCUAUGUUUAUGUACGUGAACUU